AUGCGCUUCCUACGGGAGUGGAUGGAGAGCAUUGGGGGUAAAAUACCACCUACCGCUCAUAAAACUAAAUCAGAAGACACUAUCAAGGAGGAAAAAACAGAUAGUAAGAAGGCGGAGGAAAACAUAAAGACAGAUGAACCAUCAAGUGAGGAACGUGAUCUAGAAAUUGACAAUGAAAGUGUGAUUGAACCAGAUAUUGAUGCCCCUCAAGAAAUGGGAGAUGAAAAUGUAGAGAUAACCAAGGAAAUGAUGGAUCAGGCAAAUGAUAAAAAAGUGGCUGUCAUUGAUGCCCUAAAUGAUGGUGAACUAAAAAGCCCCCUUGACUUGUUCACAGAUGCCAUCAAACUGAAUCCUCGCUUGGCCAGUCUGUCUGCCGAGAGAGCCCGUGUCUUCAUCAAAUUACAGAAGCCAAAUGCUGCCAUUCGAGACUGUGACAGAACUAUUGAAAUAAAUCCUGAUUCAGCUCAGCCUUAUAAGUGGCGAGGGAAAGCACACAGACUUCUGGGCCGUUGGGAAGAAGCGGCGCAUGAUCUUGCCCUUGCUUGUAAACUGGAUUACGAUGAAGAUGCUAGUGCAGUGCUGAAAGAAGUUCAACCGAGGGCCCAGAAAAUUGCUGAACAUCAGAGAAAGUAUGAGCGAAAACGUGAAGAGCGAGAGAUCAAAGAAAGACUAGAAAGGGUUGGGCGCCUGGGUGGCUCAGUCGGUUAA